AUGGCGGGAAGAAUAUCAUUGGAGAGGAAGCUGGGAAGAGUUCCAUCUGUCACCUCUAAGAAAGUACAAAGAACACCAAAAGAGGUGAAGCCUUCCACAAGUCAGGACAAUCAAUCUAAAUAUGUGCCAGCGCAGUCCACAAAUGAAAAACCUGUGAAUCAAGGUAGUUCGAGAAAGAAAAAAUCUGGAAAAGUUAUUUCUCUGGCUGAGGCUGCGAAAGGAUCUAUUGUAUUUCAGAAGGGGAAGCCAUGCACAUGCCAAGCCCGCCGUCAUGGGUUGGUCAGCAAUUGUAUAUCUUGCGGAAAGAUAGUCUGUGAGCAGGAGGGCGAGGGGCCUUGCAAUUUUUGUGGUGCCCUUGUGCUGAGGGAGGGAAGCACAUAUGCUGGUUUGGAUGAAGGACUUAUGGUUUUAACCGAUGCUGAGGCAGCUGCAGAAGCAUAUGCUAAAAGGCUAGUUGAAUAUGACCGAAAUGCAGCAGCUCGUACAACGGUAAUAGAUGACCAGAGUGACUACUACGAGAUGGAAGGAAAUACCUGGCUCUCGAAUGAGGUUUCUAUCUAG